UCACAUUCCAAGUUUACUACUGAAUAAUUCAUAUCUACUUUACAUUAUUCAAAUCGUGGUAAAAAUGGCAAACAAAAUCAUUUUGGCCCUUUGUGUGGGGUUCGUUGUUUGUGCUGUGCUAAGUGUAUCAGCACGAAGAAUCGAUUUCGAUGACUUGGAGGUCGCCCCUAGUGAUAAAAGCGAACAUUGGAAGAAGGGUGGCGGUAAAGAUCAUCAUUCCGAUGGACAUUCAUCGAAGGGUGAAAAGGGCGAGAAAGGAUACAAGGGACAUCAUUCCGACGAAAAAGGUGAAAAAGGACACCAUGACAAAGAAGGACACGAUUCGGAAUAUGAAGAAGGUGGCGGCCACAAGAAAAGUCACCACGAUGAUGGUCACUAUCACCACGAAAGUGAAAAGGGCGACAAAGGAGAAAAAGGUUCAGGAUACGAAGAGAAAGGAUCGUAUGGCAAGGGACAUCACACUAAAGGACACCAUGUAGAAGCUAAAGGAGACGAAUACGGCAAGAAAACCAACUUCUUUGAUGAAGACCAUGAUGAAGGAUUCGAAGAGAAAUAUGGAGACCAUCACGAAGAGCAUGGACACAAGAAGGGAGGAUCACACAAGAGCGGCCACCACAAAGGAUCCCACGAAAAAGGAGGCCACGGAAAGAAGGGAGGCGAUCAUAAAGGACAUCAUCACUCAGAUCAUUCGGGUCAUAAGGGAUCGAAAGGAAGCGACAGUCACUAUGGACACAAAUCUGAAGGUGGCAAGAAAGGAGGCAGCGACCAUCACAAGAAAUGGGGAAGCAGCAGCAAAAAAGGAGGUCAUUAAGCAUUGAAUUAUUUCGACUACGUAAAUAAAUCAAAAUUUGUGUUUUCGCCGAAACUGUGAUAAAGCAUCUGUAGACGUUAUUCAGAAUAAAUAAAAUUAGAU